UCGAACAUUUGUCUUAAAUUUUCCAUCCCCAAUGGAAUUUAACAGUAGAGAAUGUAGCAGUGCUUCGCUCUGUUAGUUCAUCAACGUCUGCAACUGAAGUCAACAUCGCAAAAUGAUAACUGAAAAUCUUCAUUCAAGCUUGUGAGAGAUAGCUGUCGAACUUGUCAUGUCUCACGAGUCGAUUUUACAUAAUCACUUGGGUAUGAAACAUGUUGCUGUUGAGCUGUUCUGUGCUGUAUUGCUGGUCGGUUAGUUCGACCUUAUAUCCCACGUUGAUGCGAUGUGGACUGCGGUAACCGCUUACCACCAAGUGAGUCAUGAGUUCGUCGUUAAAUUUGGAACUAAUAAAAAAAACUCAUAAAAUCUAACACAAUUGAUCUGUAUUUUCAAUAAACUUGCAACUAAAUAAGAUUGGGAAAGAAUUAGCUUCCUUUCUAAUACAUGCAAGAUAGUUUAAUAUCAGUUAGUUGUACUGAGUUUUAAAUAAAUGUACAAUAAAAAAAUCUCACGCUCCGCCUCACUAACACGCCUCUCCAGCGCUUAUUGGUUGAAAAGCUCUAUUCCCUUGUGAAGUUGUUCGGGAUAAAGCAGUAGCCAUAAAUAGGGGCGGGACUAACGUCCUACGGGAAUGAGUUAUAGCCACGAUGAAAACCAAAACACGCGUCGUCCGCGACUGGGCAAGACGUCUCCCGUCUGUUAUAAGCCUCUUCAGUGACCGGUAAAAUGAGUGACGAGUCAGAUCCGGAUAAGUUACAAACUGAUGCUAGUAAAAUUCACGCGCCACGUCCCUCGUCACCUCGAAAGUUUUUUGCCAGACUCUACGGUCACCUUGAGGAGCCGAAGCGAACUACCCAAGUCGAGGGUCCUGUUGAAAGUGAAUCUUCUUCGGAUAUUGAAGUGGGCGUGGGAGAAACAGAAGGUGUUGAAUUGAUGACGAAUCGAAAUAUGACUUUAUGGCAGCCACCGCCGUUACCAAUUUGUCCCCGGCCCAUGCUGCUGCCUCAUCAGCAACUAGCCUUUGGUGCUGGAUUGGCGGCUUUUUUGGCCCGGAGACGACGAAAAGAGAGUAGACCAAGACGACAGAGGACAACAUUUUCAGCACAUCAAACACUGCGAUUAGAACUAGAGUACGCUAGAGGAGAAUAUGUUGCUAGAGCAAGAAGGUGUGAGUUAGCUUCGGCAUUAUCGUUAAGUGAAACCCAGGUUAAAAUAUGGUUUCAAAACAGAAGAGCCAAAGAUAAAAGGAUAGAGAAAGCGCAAAUCGAUCAACAAUACAGGAAUUUAGCUGCAGCCUCCGGUCUCUUCCCCACGGUACUCGGACCACCUUACUGCACCGCACCUGUUUGUCCAUGUUUACCGGGGCCACAACCUUCAAGUAUAGAGAAAUAGGAACAGAAGAAAAAGAAUCAAUGAAGUGAUUAUUUGAGCCAUUAAGCUAUAAAUUAACGUUACGUAAAAUCACGAAGUAACGAACACUUUGCGACUGUCGCAUUUAUUCAAGCAGAUACCGGGCGUUACCCGAACACGUCAUUAGCCAUGAAGAAAAAUAUUACAUUUGUUAAUCCAGGUUAUUGUCUUUCUCCGAAGUUUCAUCUGAAACCGUAGACCCAUUAAACGUAAUUGAAUUACAACAUCCAAACAUAUAAACUAAUAAUGUAAGGUAAUAAUAAAUAUAUUAUUACACAUUGUAUAUAGUCUACACCUUUACCUUUAUAUAACGAUAUUGUUUUUUUUGUUACUAGAGUGAAUCGAAUAAAUAAUACUCACAAUGUCAAAUUGAGUAACUGAAGUGUUUUAGGUACCAGGAAUUCCUAUAGGUUACUUACCAAAAAAUGUAUUAUAUAAGUACUUCCUUUUUUUUUAAUUCAUAUCUAUUAAUUAAUUUUAUGACUUUACAAGGGAUUUAUUACCAUCGAAAUUAUAUAUUUUUUUAUUUAACUGUUAAAUAGUGUAUUAUUUAUUGAUCACCGUGUUGAUAUAGUUUAUUCGACAAUACAUCAGAUAUGUGACUCGUUUUUUUCUCCUACCUAUGCUGAUAGUCUUGAGAAACUAUCAUUCGCCUUGACGUGUAGGUGAGCUCACGGGGCUCAAACAGGAAGUCUUGCUAACACUGACUCUAGCGAGAACAGUGCUUCGCAGAAUUUACCACCGGAUCAGAAACGCGACCCACUAAGAAGAUCUGGCGAAAAACUCGGUGGGCUGUCCGUGGGUUAAUUUACUUGUCUACUACUACCUGCCAUGGAGGCUCCGGUUUGAAAGCCUUUAGAGAAUAUAAUUGAGACUCAGAACUAACGUCUCAAGGUGAGUGAUGGAGUUGAUAUUUUGGUAUUUAACGGCUCCGGUGACCACUGAACACCAGGUUGCUCAUCACAUUGUCUGCCAAUCCACGACAAUAAUGAAACGUAGAGAAAAACUAAAUUUAAGCCCUCUUCGUGAGGGGAUUCUGUCCCAGGAAGCCACCCUAAUUUUCUAAAGCACUCAAUUCUCAACUAUCGUACGUUGACUGUUCCAAAUUUUUAUAUCACUCAAUUAAGCCACAACGGACGCGUAGACAGUGAACAAACAUACAAACAUUACUUUUGAAUAUUAGAAUAAGAUUUUUUUUAGAUAACUAUUGUGUGACUACUGUAUAUUGUUGUACAUAAAAAAUAUAUAUAUUGCAAGACUUAGGUUAAAACUUACUGUAUUACGAAUUUAGAAACAUAAGGUUGGAUAUGAAAUAUUUUUUGUGGAAAAUCGUUUUCAAACUAAUUCGAUUGUAGAUUUUUGUCUUAUUAAUGUGUUAUCUAGUCUAUUUGAAAAAAACCUUAAGUCGCUAACUUCGGAAUUUAUUUAGUUUUACUUAUGUGUAGCAUAUCGGCUGUAAUGUUUGCUAAAAAGUGUUAAAAUAAAACAUUGAAUGUAUUUUGUAUGGUUUUAUUUGGUCAACUUACCACGGCCAUUUCCAUUGAGGAAAGCUCGACACCGUUUAAGCGGAAUCCAUGAAAAAUAGUAUUCAUUUAAUUUUAUCCACACAUACAAUAACAAAAUAUAUCAUACUAUUCUAACAUGACAAAUAAAACUUAUUUUUUUUUAAAUCUUAAUGAUAAACAAAAAGGUCAAAUCACAAUUAUUAUAAGAACAAUAUAAUUAGGCGUUGCACUUUUCAACUUAGAAAUUAAAACGGUAAUACUCAAUAUCUCUGGUUUAUAACCAGGCACCUUUCAGUUUUACAACAAAAAAUUAUAAUGUAUUAUAUUCUCAAAAAUAAAUAUCUUCUUAAUCUCGUUGGACAGUUAAUCGGUUAUUUGUAAAUACGUGUCUGCGUUAACGCAUUCAAUAUUAAAUGUUGUCGUCUUAUAACUAAGUAAAACGUUAGGAAUGUAUUUCUUUAACUUGUUAUUUUUUCUUCUUCGAAAUACGUCUGAGAACAUUUACUGCUUAUUUUUAAUGAAAAACAAAUUAGUAAAAAGAAAACAA